UUUUAGUACGCAGCGUUGAGCUGCAGCUCUGUGGAGGGAGGGGGGUUGAUGGGUCAUCGAGUUCAUUCGUCUCUCAUUCGCAUUAGAGCAGCAGCGCCCUCCAUAGAGACCCGCUCUAUCUCUCUCCAAUUGGCAGGAGAAAAGUGUCAUCAGAUGGAUGGUGAAACGCAAAACUAGAUCUUUUAAAAUAAUGUGCAAAAUGUACGUGCCUCCGCGCCACGCUUGACCUUUCUUCAGGACAAAGAGAAUCGAUGAGCCGACGCUGCCAUUUUCAGGUCAGUCGAGGAAACUCAGUUAACGGAAUAAUACAGCAGCACACGGUGUAUGGAGAGCGGCGAUGAAGCGCGGAUCGCUGUGAAUGAUUAUGGCCGAUAGUCACCGGAGGGGGAUGGACAGAGGCAGAGGCAGGAUGCCAUCAGGAUACUCGCAGCAGCAGUAUGUGAGCAACAAAGCGUCAGACAUACAGGAGCUCGCGUCCAAACGCGUGGACAUCCAGAAGAAGCGCUUCUACCUGGACGUCAAGCAGAGCACCAGGGGUCGCUUCCUGAAGAUCGCCGAGGUGUGGAUCGGCCGAGGCCGGCACGACAACAUAAGGAAGAGCAAGCUCACCCUCUCCAUGUCCAUGGCACCCGAUUUGCGCUUCUGCUUGGGGGAUUUCAUCGAUUAUUACGCGCACAUCGGGCUCCGAGGAUGCCAGCAGGCGCCGCGGCCGGAGGAGCAGAGUAACGGCCAGGGCCGCGUGAUGGACUCCCGCAGGAGAGCAGUGCCGGAUCAGCCGGCAUCAUCCACCGGCUCCGCCGCGUCCGAGGAGCAGAUCCACCGGGUGUUGAAGAGCGAGUUCAUCGAGAGAGACAAUAGAAAAUACUAUCUGGACCUUAAGGAGAACCAGCGCGGUCGGUUCCUGCGCAUCAGACAGACCGUCACCAGAGGACACGGUACCAUGGGCUACUACGGUCAAGGCAUCGAGCAGACGAUCGUGCUGCCCGCUCAAGGGCUCAUCGAGUUCAGGGACGCGCUGUCUCAACUCAUCGACGAUUACGGCGACGACGAGCCCGACCGGGCCGCGCAGAACCGCGACGAGUCACCUGAGCUGCCCGAGGCCGCGUCGUUUCGCGUCGACAAUAAGCGCUUUUACUUCGACGUGGGCUCGAACAGGUUCGGCGUGUUUCUGAAGAUCAGUGAGGUCCGACAGCCCUACAGGAACACCAUCACCGUGCCUCUGAAAGCCUGGGCGCGCUUCGGCGAGAACUUCAUCAGGUAUGAGGAGGAGAUGCGACACAUCUUCAGCUGUCACAAAGACAAGCGGACAGACACGGACGAGCACGAUGAUUGACGUGGUCAAAGGAAAAAAGUGAACCUCUAGCCUCUUACUGUUCUAGUUAACUCUGGACAACCACAACAGCACUUUCACAUUCAGCUGCAUCGGGUUCUUCUUCAUUAAUCAAUCAAUGUUGCGGUUUAUUUUCGGAUA